AUGUCUUCGCGAAAUAUAAGGGGUUUCCAUGAACUCCCUGCGAACCCGACUUGGCUCGAGUUUCCUCGGUCAGACGGAUCUCCCAAUCGCCUACCCGCCAAUACUACGCGCAUCGUUGAAGACGGUCAGGUCAAUUUCAUGCGUCCUGUACCCAUUGAUGAGGGAUCAGCUAUUGGUUGGCGUAUGGGAGCUGGAAAAGAAGUAGCAGUCAGGAUGAAUUUGCCCAAAGGAGUCAACUAUGUAUUCAAAGACUGGCCAUACGGCUAUGCGAUGUAUGAUCACAACAAGGGCCCUGCCGAUAAUCCGCGGCAUGAUAUAUACCUUUGCGGCUCGAUCAGCGUGAACCGAUUUCGCUCCAUCAACGAAUUCAUCCCGCACGCUCUCUGGUUGAUGCAGGAUGCCACCAUGAACCGCGCGAAUUGCAAGUGCAAAUACUGUACUAAACAACCGCAGCGUAUAAUCACAGACACGCUUCAACUCCCAAGCGUCAAACGUGCACCUUCUCAGCACAUCUCAACACGCUCUGUCCGGCCUUCGCGUCGAUUUCGUGAACCCCGUAUAGUCAAAAAGCCGUACGCGGCGAUUCGGAAGGCUCCAAAACCCAUCAGGCAGCUUACCGGGCCCUCACAAUCUAUAGUUCCUGAACGUGACUCGGACAUCCGAGCAUUGCUUUCAGGCAGCGAAUUGGCAGCGCCAAGGUGGCACAGGAAAGGUGAACUUGUAUGGUGUUUCCUGGAUUCUCCGAUUCGAGGUGAGGGCGAGAGGGACAGUAUUCACUUCUGGCCCGGCACGGUGGAAGAUGUAAACGUCCGAACCAAAGCGAUACCGAAAGAUGUCACACAAGAUGCCCAGCGAUUCGACCAGGUAGACGUCGAUAUGACACUCCUGUAUGAACAGGAAUCGGAGGCGGAAGCACCUAGAGCAGGAUACAAUAGGCAGCCUUUGUUUUCCUCGGUCGAUGCCUCGAGCCACCUCUCUUCCGCACGAAAUCAGCCUGGGCAGGAAUCUGAGCCAGCGACAGAACAGAGCUCGGAUGUACCAUGGGAAGUGCGCCAGUGGAACGUCUACACGGUGAAACUGCUGGCAAUCACCCACAGUUAUGUCGGAACUGACACCCAAGUCUUGCCAUAUCUCGCGUAUGCACCUCCACAUGAGCUGGUCCAUCGUAUGCGCAGCGAAUUGCUUGACUUCAUGCGGGAAGUGCCAGUGCAGGAUAUGGAUGGCGACAUGUCGAAGAUAUUUCCCUUCAAUCCCGUGGCUGCUCCGACCGACUCUCCUGUUUCUGAUGGAAGACGCUUCAGGGAGGCAGUCGCUCCGUUCACGCUCGCCAUCCAGAUAGCAUCGACUCUAUCGCAUUUUUGGGCGCCUACGGACGAGUAUGAAUUCCAGUUCGAGAAGCCGAGUGCAUUAUCUGCGCCUCCUCCUCCUCCUCCCCCUCCUUCGCAGCUUGCUCCACCCAGCGCAUCUACUGCUCCAGCAUCCAGUGCGUCUAACGCCCCGGCUACCCUACAUUCCCUCAUAAUGCAGUCCAUGACGAACAAUGCUACCGAAUUGAGUGCGCGAGCCAGCGCGCAGACGGUGCCUUCAUCAGUAAUUGGCGCACACGAUCCCGGUAUGUCCUCUGAAGGAUCACACUCCGUCAAAGCAGCGACGUUAGAGCAAGCAUCCCAUCCGUCAGGAGCUUCUGUCACCCAACAACGUUUCCAAGGACUGUGGUGGGGCGCGGAACACAUCUGGCAAGAUGAACUUCUUCGGCUGAAACUAUCACGCCACCAAUUUGCACCUCAGGGCACCGAAGAGUUCGUCCCGCCUUCGGGACCGUCUUCAUCUACCUUGGAGCAGAUGCGCGACAAUGGCUUUGCCGAUGUCGUUGACGAGGCUAUGAUAGGUGCAGCGUACAAGGGGCUCUUCUUGCGAUUGGAAGGUCUGUUUACUGUUGACGUUCCAACGGCCGAUGGCUCCGGCGGCUUCACCAAGGAGUGCAGAGCUUGCGGGACCGUAUAUGAGCUUGCCGAUGAUGAUUGGGAAGAGCCGGCUGCAUCUAAUGCAUCAGUGGAUGCACCGGCAGAACAGGAAAUAGGAAAAGGAAAAGGAAAAGAAAAGGCUCAUGAAGGUGAACGUGCGAUGCACGGCUUCCCAGGGUCAAUAUCAAGCCAUUCCGGUGUUCCUGGUUUAGCACUCUCACCAGGAUCAGCUCCGAUGAGGCGUGUCCCGUUGCCCGAUCUACACUCUAUCAUCCCAGUCGAAGAGACCGCAGCGACAAUCAUUUCGCAGCCGGCGCCAAGCGCAAUUGCAGUCGCAAAGGAACGCGAUACCAACACGCAGCUCGCUCAUCCAGUAUUGACCACACCGUUCCGUUUACCUGAUCCACCAAAGGGGUUCAAGUUCCGUCCCAUCCACCCUCCUGGCUGUGAGGUGGUGAUUGCUCUCACCUUUAUCAGCGGACGAUAUUAUCCACACCUGUUCCGACACCCCUUGAUGGUGCCUCUGAUCGAAAGAGCAGCUACUGCAUCUGGAGGGCUAUGGGAGAACCGACAUCUGUGGGCCAUGGAAGGUCUGCUCGCAGGAGUCUAUCAGUCUAUGGAGACCAGGAAAUGGCAAAAGUCUCGAACGGCCAUGUUGAAAGAAGCUGAUCAGGAAGCACGAGCUCACUUCGCUGCGCUUUGGGAAGAAUGCAGGAGAGAGAGGGAGGAGCAAGAGCGACCUAUGGAUGGAGAGAACAAUCCAACACAUAGUGUCCAUGAUAAGCUCAUGGACAUUGACAGAGCUUAG